AUGGUUACUUCGAGCAGUGGAGGAGAUCUGAGGGCUCCUAUUUUCAAUGGGAUCAACUACGAUUUUUGGUCCAUCAAGAUGAAGACCAUAUUCAAAUCACAUGAUCUCUGGAAUUUGGUGGACAAGGGUUAUGAAACUAUAGAAACUGAAAAUGAUUCUAGCGAUGAAGAUCAACAGUCUGUGAGGAAGAUAGCAAUGAAAGUUAAUGAAACAAGAGAUGCAAAAGCUCUUGGUAUCAUUCAAGGGGCAGUGUCUGAUGAGAUCUUUCCUCGAAUCUCAAACUUUGAAACCUCCAAGACUGCAUGGGAUGUUCUUCAACAAGAAUUUCGUGGUGAUAAAAAGGUUAGGUCUGUCAAACUACAAUGUUUAAGAAGAGAUUUUGAGUACACUAGGAUGAAUGAUGGUGAAGCUCUAUCUGUUUAUUUAACAAGAUUGACUGAUAUUGUGAAUCAAAUGAAAACUCUUGGUGAAGAACUGACAAAUCAAAGAUUAGUGCAAAAGAUACUUAUUAGCUUGCCUAAAUCUUAUGAUUCCAUUGCAUCUAUUAUAGAAGAAACUAAAGACCUUGACUCCAUUGAGGUUCAAGAAGUGAUUGGUACAUUGAAAGGCUAUGAGCAGAGGUUAAAUAUGCAUUCUGAAAACUUAGCUGAAAAGGCUUUUACUAGUCUAAGUGUGACUGAGAGAGAUAGCAGUUACAGGGGUCAGGGGAGCAACUCAAAUAAAAAGAAAUUAUGGAAAGGAAAAGGGAAGAAAUGGGACAACAACCAUACUUCACAAUCAAAAUCAGAAUCUAGUAGUGAGUCUACCAAAACCAAGUGUAAAAUCUGUGACAAAUUACACUAUGGUGUUUGCUGGUUCAAGGGAAAACCCAAAUGCACCAAGUGUGACAGAUUUGGCCAUCUAGCAAAAGAUUGCAAUCCAAGAAGGAACCAAGUUGUCAACUAUGCACAUAGAGCAGAAGAAGAGGAAGUAAAUGUCUUUUAUGCUUGUAGUGUUGCAAAAACUGAAAACAAGAAAGGAAUCUGGUAUAUUGACAGUGGAUGCAGUAAUCACAUGACUGCAUAUGAAUCCUUACUGAUCAACAUUGACAGAAGCUUCAAUUGCAGAGUUAAAAUGGGGAAUGGACAACUAGUGGAAGCUACUGGAAAAGGAACUCUUGUUCUAGAGACAAAGGGUGGAAGAAGAUUCAUCAAGGAUGUAAUACUUGUACCAGGUCUUGAUGAGAAUCUCCUUAGUGUGGGACAGAUGAUUGCUCAUGGUUACUUCUUACUUUUUGGAGACAAUAUGGUGGAGAUCUUUGAUGACAGAAGCCUCCAAAACUUGGUAACACAAGUUGGCAUGACAGAAAACAAAAGCUUUCCACUUAUGCUAGAUUACAAUGAUUCAAUUGCUCUAAAAGCAAGUGUUGCAGAAAACUCUUGGUUAUAUGGCAUAAGAGGUUCGGACAUCUCAACUUUCACAGUUUAA